AUGGAUUACACAUUUCCAGAAAAGUUCGAUUUGAUAGUAGUCGGUACUGGUGUAGUUGAAUCUAUGUUAUCUGCUGCAGCUAGUAGAGUUGGCAAAACAGUUUUACACAUUGAUACAAAUGAUUAUUAUGGAGGACAAUGGGCCUCCUUCAAUCUGGAGACAAUUACCAAGUUGAAAAAUGACGAUAAUUCUAGCAGCAAUGUUAGGAAUCCACUAGUACUUGAAGAGAAUACAUACUGCUUAGGAAACAAUGUUUUUAAUGUAGAGAAUGUACAGUUCAAGUACCACAUUCCAAAUAUACCUAAGAAGAGUGAUGUGAGUGAGGACACAUCAAAUAUGGAGCUAGAUGAAAAAUGGAGCAGUGAGAGACUUCUAAAAGAAUCAAGAAAAUUCAAUAUUGAUCUUGCACCAAAACUCCAAUUUGGAAGAGGAGACUUUGUUGGGUUACUUAUAUCAUCAAAUAUCUCUAGGUAUGCAGAAUACAGAUGUGUUAGCAGAAUAAUCACUUGGCUAAAUGGCAAGUUACAUGUGGUUCCUUGCUCUCGUGCUGAUGUGUUUUCAAAUACUAAUGUAACUGUCAUUGAAAAAAGGAUGUUGAUGAAGGUUUUGACCUCAUUGAAUGAUCCUGAAGAAGACAUGAAGAACUAUGAAAAUCAGACUUUCAAAGAUUUUCUGAUUGAUAAAAAAUUGAGUCCAAACCUCAUUCAUUUCAUUUUGUAUGGCAUAUCCAUGAGUUCAGAUGAAACACCUUUCAGUGAAGGUGUAGGAAAUGCUAAGAGAUUCUUGAAUAGCCUGGGACGUUUUGGAAAAACCCCUUUUCUCUAUUCAAUGUAUGGAAGUGGUGAGUUACCUCAAGCUUUUUGUAGAUUGAGUGCUGUUUUUGGUGGUGUUUUUGCAUUGGGACAAACUCCACAAGGAAUUAUUAUGCAUGAUAAUAAGUUUAAAUCCUUGAAACUUGGUUCCCAGCAUCUAGAAGCUGAUCAUUUGAUUAUGAGUGUAGAUAAUUCACCACAGCAAUUCAUCACUGGUGUUGAAAAGAAGUAUAUAUCUAGAGCAGUACUCAUAACUAGCAGUUCUAUGAUAGAAAGUGAAAAAGAACAUUUAACACUACUGUUUUACCCCCCUGAGAAUGGGAAAAACACUGUCACCCUUAUUGAACUGGGAAGCCUUACUGGAACAUGCCCCAAAGGUUUAUUCUUGGUCCAUUUAAUUUCAAGACAAAAUAUUUCUCCAGAAGAAGAUUUCAAACAUGUGGUAGAGAAUCUGUUUCUUUCUGAACCUUUUGAAACUCCAGAGGAAAAUGAAACUGCAAGAAAACCGGAAAUAUUGUGGUCUGCCUAUUUUUCUCUACCAGACACAAGUGAGUCAGACUUGAAAAGUAAUGUCCCUGAUAAUGUAUUCUUGUGCCCUGGACCUGACCUGGAUUUGGACUAUGAUGGAUCUAUAAAAAUGGCAAGAGACAUAUUUAAAAGGAUGUAUGAUGAUCUAGAAUUUUUGCCCAGAGCACCAGAUCCUGAAGAAAUUAUAUUAGGUGAAGAUGAAGAAGGUGAAUGAAAAUUCAUAUUAGGAUUCCUAGGAAAAUUAUCACCUUAUUUGGAAACUUUAUUGACUGGCUGUGCAAUAGUUUAAUAUGCAAAAUAUGUUCAUUUUGGUGACCCUGUAUUCCUCCUAUUUAUGACCCAAACUGAAAAAAUAGAUACAAGAAUGUGAAAUGAAUAUAUUGAUAUUAUUAACAUGAUUCUAACAUGUAACAUGUGUUAUUUCAAUGGAACAAGCCUUUUACAUGAAUGAUCUCGGAUUUUACCUAAAGCCAUCUCUGUUCAGAUAAUUCAAUGAAAAGAGAUAAACUCAU